UGUGCCAUAUUAUUAUUAAUAAUAAUAGUCGAGCUACGCCUAGCCUGGAGGACUGGCCCCCUCCGAGGCCACGACCGAUCCGAUUCGCUCGUUCCGAUUUUUUCGACGUUCCGUGACAUUUUCGUCCUGUGUGCGGAAGACCUUUCACGGAUUGCAGCCCCACGGAGUCUCGCACCUACCUCGCGGCUGCACGUAGCGUGUGCAGCGAUGCUCGGCUGCUGCUAACAACUGUGUGCGGGCAACGACGAAACAGCGCAAGGGAAGUUAUGGCGAACCCCAGAUUUUUUCUCCGAUGGCACGUCACGCUUGUCGCAACGGUUGUGCUACAAAUAACUCUACUAUGGGGAAAUGGUUCAGCCUUGCCCAUUCCAAUCCCUGCGAAGAAAAAUGACAUCCUGGCGGGCACGGACUUUUUGUCGGUCUUCAUCAACGGUGCCAUGGCUCCCAGGCCGACGCGACGACGUCUGAGUCUUCGCCGCGGACACUCGGCAAUGCCCGACAACGUCGCGGCCGAGUCGAAGAGCGACGAGGCCAACAUCUUCCGCAUCUCGCGGGCGCCGAUCACCAUCAAGCCCACUCCCCCGAAGCCGAGGACGACGUCGAGCCGCGACGAUAGUAUCCGAUACUAUCCGAUCAGUCACAAAGUCGACCUGGACAACGCCCAUCACAGUUUCGAGACGAUCGUCGAUGACCUCGGUAGACCCGGUGAUAUAUCUACCAAGAUCAUAUCGAAAUCGAGAGAUAAUUAUCCGGUCGCGAGGAAGCAGCCUAGUUAUAAUAAAACGUCAAAUAAGUUAGUUAAGCCCGUGAACCAAAAAAUAAUAGGUGUAAGCGUGACGUCGUCGGUCGAUGCCACACCCCACAGAAUCAAAAUCGAGUAUCGCAACCCGGCGGAGAUGUCGUCGAUGUCGAGGCCCACCGCGGCAACGAAAUCGUCCCCGAGCCUGACAACGAUAUACUCGACCUCGAGUCAAGUCUCCGUGUCGUCCGCGGCUCCGGCCACAACGAGAACGACGGAGAAAACGAGCUCGACGAGCGUCACCACCGCGAGGCCCGCCAACGCCCUGGUGACGGAGGAGCUCGACCACAUCGUCUCCGAGUCCAACCGAAGCGAGUUCAGCGUCGACGAGAAGGGCUCGCAAACGAGCAGCCACGAGAGCAACUUGGUGACCCCGGUGCCAGGGCCGGCUUCCAAGGGCAAGGCCAGCUCGGCGGAGCCUGGGCCCGAAUCUCACGAGGACAGCCGGGACUCGGCCACCAGCCAUUCCGAGCAGAUCGAGCACAGGUACGAGUACGAGCUGUCCAAUGGCGCCGAGACGAAGCCGGGUGGCGAGGCCUCGUCGGACGCCAAUCGGCUGCCUCUGCUGAGGAGCCAAGGCCGCAAGGUCGGCAGACACUACGAGGACUCGUCGUACAAUCAGCCCUCGGAGAUCUACAACGUUCGGCAGAACGGAAAGUCGUACGACCCUCAGCAUCCGAAGAUCUACGGGGAGCCGUCCAAGGUCUACAGCGAGCCAGCCAAGGUGUACUCGGAGCCGGCCAAGGUCUACGGGGAGCCAUCGAAAGUUUACGGCGAGCCGUCCAAGGUCUACUCGAAGCCCGAGAAGGUCUACUCGGAGCCAGCUCGGGUCUACUCGGAGCCGGCCAAGGUCUACUCGAAGCCGGCCAAGGUGUACGGCGAGCCGGCGAAAGUCUACGACUUCAACGGGCAGCCGGUGGGCGGCCACGAGAUGGGCAGCGGAGGCGAGCCCGAGGAGAAGAACUACGAGGUCGACGAGGCCGUGAGCGUCGGCAGCAACGGCAACAUCCACGGACUGCAGCCGUUCACCGAGGCGAGCAACAUCGAGGAGGACGGCCACAAGGUCGGCUACGUCGUCGAGGGCCGCAACUAUCGCAAGUACCGGGUGGAGGAGCGUACGGCCGACGGCUUCAUCGUCGGCGAGUACGGCGUCGUCAGCCACGACGACGGCUCGCUCCGGGGCGUCAGGUACACGGCCGACGGCACCAUAAACCCUCGGCUCAUCUACGACGCUCUCAUGAAGUUCCUCGCGCUCUGAUCGAGCCCUGUACAUGGACGUCCUUGCGGACUCUUCCUUACUGCCGAUCGAGCGUCGUUACGUGCACUCAUCCUGUUGUAAAAAUAGCGAAAAUUGUUCUUCUCUCACGUAUAUGGAACGUGCGCCAGCUGCCUGUGCCAACGCUAAAGUCUUUGCAGAAAGAGCAUGGCUUGUGAUAAAGGGAAAAUUGAGGUCG